GAAGCCCCGUUCAGUGUGCGUGAAGACUGACUGACGCGAGGAGCGCUGACUAGCGAAAAGUUUCCCCAGGAUAACUUCAUCAAAAUGAGCAGGACAGUUAUAUUAUUUAACACAAUACUAAACUACUGGAAUGCUUUUAUGUCAUCGACUGUUGAACAGUAAUGUUUAUUUGAACUAGUAGUCGUCGUCACCUUUGAGUCUGAACAACAGCGUAGUUGACGUUGCUGAGUGAAGUAUCCACGCGCUGCACCUGAACAAUGAUCCCCGAACGUCCACGCGCCGCGGAGUCGGGGAGCCGGACCCGGGGCCAGCAUGGUCCGGCCGCCGAACCGCGUCAGGACCGCAGCUCCGGCGGCUUGUUGUCGGAAAUCCACACCACCAUCUACACCGACUCUUUCAGCGACCACUACAGCGUAAUCCCCGGUAAAGAGCUGGGAAGGGGGAAAUUUGCUGUUGUCCGAAAGUGCGUGGAGAAAUGUACAGGCCAUGAGUAUGCUGCAAAGUUCAUGAGGAAGAGACGGAAAGGCCAGGACUGCCGGAUGGAGAUCAUCCAUGAGAUUGCAGUGCUAGAGCUGGCCACAGCCAACGCUCGGGUGGUCAACCUCCACCAGGUGUAUGAGAUGGCCUCUGAAAUGGUGCUGGUCUUGGAGUUCGCUGCUGGAGGCGAGAUCUUCAACCAGUGUGUGUCAGACCGAGAGGACGAGGCCUUCAAUGAGGACGACGUCAAGAGGCUCUUGAAGCAGAUCCUUGAGGGAGUUGCCUUCCUCCAUCAGAACAACAUAGUCCACCUCGACUUGAAGCCUCAGAACAUCCUGCUGACCAACAGCUCUCCUCUGGGUGACAUUAAAAUCGUGGACUUUGGUCUGUCCAGGAUGGUCUGCAGCCACCAGGAACUUAGGGAGAUUAUGGGAACCCCGGAGUAUGUUGCUCCUGAGAUUCUUAAUUACGAGCCCAUAAGCACAGCGACAGAUAUGUGGAGUAUUGGUGUUUUGACCUACGUGAUGCUGACAGGAAUCUCUCCGUUUGUGGGCGAAGACAAGCAGGAGACAUUUCUCAACAUUUCCCAGCUCAACGUGAGCUACACUGAGGAGGAGCUGCAGCAGCUGGACCAGGCUGCUCUGUCCUUCAUUCAGAUGCUGCUCCGGAAACAUCCACAGGAUCGGGCUACAGCAGAGCAGUGUCUCCAACACCCCUGGCUUGAGUCAUCAGACUCUCAAACCGUGGUAGAAACUCUCUCAUCGGACCAUGAGGCAUCCAGCAACACCAGUAGCCUCACCAGUAGUCCUGAACCUCCCAGCAGCACAACCACCCCUGAAGAGGAAGAGGACGGCCCAGUGACAGAGGAGCUGAUUGUGAGGGCUGCCUACGCCCUGGGUCAGUGCCGCCAGUCCUCCACAUCCGAGAAGGAGGCUCUGGCUGCGGAGCAGAAGGCCAUCUCCAAACGCUUUAAGUUUGAGGAACCCUUCAGUGCCCUGCAGGAGGUGCCUGGGGAGUUCAUCUACUGAGCCCACACACCACAUUACCUCCAACCUCUCACAGUCCUUUUAGAGGAGGAAAAGUAAUUGUUGAUGGGUAACCUUCCAUUAUUUAAAGUCCCUUCCAUAUAUCCUGUCUAUAAUCUAUAAUAAGAUGCUUCUGUUCUCUCAAUCUGGUUUAAUUUAAGCACCUACUCAAAUACAGUAUUUUUCCUAUAAUGCAUCAUCUUGCUUGACACUUGACACCUCUUGCUUUUCAAUUGGUUGUAGUUUUUCCACCAUGAGUAAUUGUCCAAAUAUCAAGAUGUAAUUCUGCUGGGAUUAUUACACAAAUGACUGCAUUUAUCUUAGAAGCCAGAGGUUUUCUUUCUAGACCAACAGUCAACACCAAUCAAACAAGAAAAAUCUAGUAUGCUGAAGCUAGUAACGAUGUUUACCUUUACUGUAAAUGUUGCUUGUUUGCAAAUGCAGGAGAUUUUAACCAGAAUAUCACUGUUAACCAAACUACAUCAACUCAACACAUCAACAUUUUUGUUAUGACAAAUGUGUGCCCAAGAUAAGUAAUGUGCAGGACACAUUUGUGUUCCAUCAGCUUAUAUCGGUCAUUAAUAAUUCAUAUGUUGCUGAUUGUGGCUCCUAACCACCCGUGUCAUUGAAAUCACAGCUUGAAAUGUAUUACCUGGUGUAUGGCAUUGUCUCCGAGAUGGCUUAUGUGUAGUACAGUACAUAAGCCAGUUAAAAUUAGGUGCUUUUUUAUUUAGAUAAAAUGCCCCAGAAGUAAACAAUAUAUGAUACCAUAUAAUCUGGAAAUCAGUCUUACCCUUUUUUUAUACAGAACUCGUGCAUUAGAAGCUGAGUUAAGUUUUUCACAAUCAUUACAACACAGUCAUCAUUUGUUUUAUGAACUUUAAAUCUGGAAGCCAAAUGUUUUGAUUUGUGUCCAUUUUUUAUGCACAGUUUCUCCAAACCUAGCUCCACCCUGUUUUUAUUUCCUCUUUAUUUGGUGCCAUGCUUCCAUAAAAUAUUGGGUGAUUUCAGGUUUUGUUUUUUUUUCUUAUAGACAACAUUUUAGAUAUUUCUAACGCUGUGUACAUGAUACAAAUGUUGUUUAAAAAGCCAUGUUACGUAUUUAGAAACGACCUAGGUGUCAGUCCUCUCUGAACCUAUACAACACAUCAUUUUAGACAUGUACACAUAGACAGUGAACACCUCCACUGGAUCUGUCCUGUAAAUUUGUGUUUAUAAAACCAUUAGCUGUGUACUAUAAAUUAGAUUUGUACAUGAAUGUCCCCUAUUGUAAAUAAACAUUUUAAAAGUG